UUUUAAUCCACUCCAUGACAUAAUUUUUAUGCAAUCCAAUGUUACUCUCACUUUUCGCCUGAAAUGUGCUUUCUUCGCCAUUUAGUGGAGUGACCUCAUCGAACCAACAAGCGAUGCUUCUUAAAAUCUUAUUUUUUCUCGUUGUGACGACAAAUCUGACUUUUGCCAUCCCUCCAAAUGACAAAGCUUUAUUUGAUGAGGACCCGGAAUCCCGAAUUUCGCAUAAACGGCGUCCUUGUCGAGGCCGAAGUCUUCCGGAAGGACGCACUUUCUUUGAUUGGUCCUUUCAAUACGUUGACGUUAAUUAUAAUUACAAUUACAAUAUUAAUUGCGGUGGGGGUGGCGGCGGCGGACAUGGAGGAGGAGGUGGUGGUGGUCCUCAAAAACCCAUCUUGUCAGGAGUCCUUCAAAGCAUUGGUAAUCGUCCCACUGGCGGUGGCCACCCCCCAACCGGCGGUCUUUUAGGAGGUAAUGGCAUCAGUUUUAUUCAAUCUCAAUUCCAAGGUAUUUUUGCCGAUGGGCAAGGUUUAGGGUCCCUCAUACCUCAAAAUAUCUUCAACGGCGAAGGUUUAGGUUCUUUACUACCACAAGGAGGGCUUUUCAACGGUCAAGGAAUAUCGUCUUUGUUUGAAAAUGGUCUUUUCAGUAAUAUUUUCAGUAGUAGUCAAUCGAAUGCACAAGCAGGGGUGCCUAGUAGACCUAUGAUCACUACACCUAAGCCUGGUGGCCAAGAUCCUGAUGAUACUAUUUAUAACGACGAGAAACCUGUUCAUGAGGAUCAUGAUCCUGUUGUUCCAGAUCACUACAAUAGACCUGGUCAGUAUCUAGUGGCAAAUAAUCCGAUUUUUGGGAAUUUCGUCUAUGAUGUGUCGGAUUUUAACCCCAAUAGGAUUUAUAGGCAGUUUAACAAGGAGCUUAAUAGGCUGGUUAGGCCGUGGGCGCAUCUUUUAGGCCGAUGACAUAAACUCCAGUUUACAGAAGACCAAGACCACCAUAUCAAAACAGUCGUUACACGACUUACAACAGAAUCAGAUUUACUAACUAACAUUUUUUGUAAAAAACUAAAUGUAUAAAUAAUGGGA